CUGAAAAUGUCAAAGCUGGUAAUUAUCUUUUUACACUUCUAUUCUUUAUCUUUAAUAUUUUUUUAAUUAAUUAAAAUUAUAAUAGUCAAUUGUAAUCGCUCAGGUAAGGAUUUAAUGGAGAAGUACCCCGCAAUGUAUUGGACUCCUUGUGCUGCUCAUUGCAUCAAUUUGAUGUUCAAGGAUAUAUUUGACCUUAAGCAUUUCCAGACAACCUACAAAAGAGCUCUCAAGCUGUCGGUCUACAUCCAUUCCAAAACGAAGUUGUUGAACUUGUUUAGAAAAUUCACCGGCAAGAGAGACUUGGUGAAAUUUGCUAAAACACGAUUUGCCACGGCUUUCUUGACAUUCAAAAGGUUGAAGGAGCACAAGAUGAAGUUGAUAAAACUUUUUAAUUGUGAAGAGUUCCUAACAACUAAUUACUCCAAGGAAGAGGCGGCAAAGGAGUGUGGCCGAAUUGUGCAAAUGCCAUCCUUUUGGAAUACACUUCAUGAGGCACUUAAAGUUGGAGGACCACUUAUGACGACACUUCGGUUGGUUGAUGGAGAUGUCAAACCGGCUAUGGGAUAUGUUUAUCCCGCAAUGGAGAUAACAAAAUCAGCAAUAGCCAAAGCCUUCAACAAUGACGAAACGAAGUGCAAGAGAGUGUUUGAGAUAAUUGAUACGAGAUGGACUUCUCAACUCCGUCAACCAUUGCACGCGGCUGCUUUCUUCUUGAAUCCGGAUUUCUUUCGAUUUCCAGGUGAGUCACCGGUGUCUUCUACCAUUAAUUCGGCUGAGGUGGUAGCAGGAUUUUAUGACUGUUUGGAGAGAUUGGUUCCAAAUGAAGAACUUCAAACGAAAAUCGCAAAUGAAGUGUCAACUUGGGAGCUAGGACAUGGAUUAUUUAGCAGCUCAUUUGCGAAGAGACAACGAGGUGUCAAGCCCCCAGUUGAUUGGUGGACAUCAUUUGGUGCUAGUGCUCCUCAUUUAAAGGAAUUUGCGAUCAAGAUUCUUAGUUUAACAACAAGUGCAUCAGGUUGUGAAAGGAAUUGGAGCGUAUUUGAACAUUUACAUUCAAAGAGGAGAAGUCGUCUAGAGUACAAGCGCCUCAAUGAUUUGGUUUUUGUUAAGUACAAUAGGGCAUUGAGGCGUCGGUGGGAAAUGCGUGACUCUAUCGAUCCAAUUUGUUUAGAAUAUAUAGACAUGGCAAAUGAAUGGUUGACGAGUACUCUUGAUGAUGCAAACGAAGAGUUGGUCUUUGAUGAUGGAGAUACUUUGACAUGGGGGGACGUUGCGAAGUUUUCCGGUGUACAUGAUACACCAUAUUCUCUAAGACGCAAUUCAAAAGGGAAAGAAAAAGUGGGAACUUCCAAGUCCAAGUCCAAGGAAAAAGCCUCCACCCAUAGGCUUGUUGAUGAAGAUGAGGAAGAAGAUGAAGAAGAUGUUGGGGUGUAUAAUGAUGAUAGUGAUGACUUUGAUGCUUUGGUUAUGGAUGAAGAAGAAGGGAACAUUCAUGUGGAGGAUGACAUUAUGGAGUGAUAAUGCUUCGUAGAGUUGAUUUUAUGACAUUAUUAUGACAUUGUGUGAUGGAUAUUUUCUACCUUUAUGUCGCAUUAUUAGUACUAUUAUGAGUAUUAUGACUAUUGAUGUGUUUUUGACUUAAAUAUGCAUUGGAAUAUUUUAUAUUUGUAUUUUUCUAUAGCCAUCGUUUUUUGUGUAAAAGCGACGCUUC